AUGGAAACCUCAAUAGCUACUUCAGUCCAUCUGAUCACUCAGGGAUUUUUUCACCAUGAAGAGAAGAUCAAACAGCUGUUCAGAGGCUACUCCUUCCUCAAUACUCCUGUAGUAGGAGUCAAUGAUAUUGGCAACUGCUUCGAUGGUUUAGAGGAAAUAUUAUCCAUCAGACUUGUUCCAAUAAGUUUUGCAAGAGGUGAAACUGAGAGUGAUAAGGUCUUACCAUUCCAAAAGCAACACUUUUAUCAGACCUUAGAACAUUUAGCAUCUAAAUAUAGAGGUCAGAGAUCUCUUGAUACCAAUGCUUUUAGAGAUAUCCUGGUGGACUACUUGACAAUCGAAGGCAAUGAAGAAGUUAAUAAAUAAAUUAGGUUAUAACCUCCGAGUUGACUACCUAUUUGUGAGUACAAUGAAAAAGACAGCAGCCUUUGACCCUAAAAUUACUGAUUUAGAACCCACUCAUCCUGAGGAUGCCAUGUCUUUCAUAGAAGAAGAGGAUUUACAAAUGAUGAUGAGACAAGCUGAAAUGGAAGGCAAUCAAGAAAAAUUAUUAUUACUCAGAGACCUUUAUACUCUCAACACAGAGUUUGGAAUUUCUGAAAAUAAUGAUGAGAGGUCAAAAAUUAGAAGAAAGAUUGAAUUAUUAAAGAAAAGAAUUGAUGCGUCACAAGAGAGGACUCCUAGUAAGAAGACUCUUAGGAAGAAACUUAGAGAGACUCCUCUUAACACUCAAAAGCAGAGGAUUAAAGAUCUAAAGGAGAUAUUUAAAUUCUACUCUCGCCAGCACCUAAUGAUCGGGAAGUUAUCAACUUUCGAUAACAUCCAAAAGCAAACCUCUAUUCUUAACAUGGGUGACUUCGUGCUGUUCUGUAAGGACUUCAAGGUUCCUCUCGACAAGCGUCGGUGAGCGACCGUAUACAAACUAAACUCCUUAGAAAGUAGCAACCAGAUGACCUUCGACCAGUUCGUUCAUGCCUUGCCCAAGCUCUUCAGGGAAAAAUACAAGGACGAGAUAGAUAAGCUCAACGGCAGAAUUGGGGAGAUCAAGAAGAUCUAUAAACAGAAGAAAAGGAAAUUUGUUGAUGCCUUGAAGCAGGAUGAAGCAGGGCUGCUGAAGAUUUAUGAGGAGCUGAAGAAGGAGGAGGUAGCGAAAGAGAAAAAGAAGGGGGAGAUGGAGAUGGAGAAGCAGAGGGAUGAGGUGAAGGAGGAGAAGGAGGAGAAGGAGGAGAAGGAAGGGAAGGAGGAGGAAGAGGAGAGGAAGCAGGAUGAGAAGAAGGAGUUAGUUCAAGAAAGGAAGGAGCAAGUUGAGGAAAAGGAAGGCCAGAUAGAGAUUAAGAAUAACACUUUAAAACCUGACCCGUCUAAAGAUGGUAAAUUAAGAAUUAUAGAUUUAGAUCUUAAUAUUAGAGAAUCAGAUGAUGAAAAUUUGAAAUCUGUUGGAGGAAAUCCUGUAAAUCCGAAGCUUCAAAAGUCAAAGCCAACAAAGAAGAAUAAACCUCCUCCAUAUAACCCACACUCUUCUCUCGCUCAGAAAUCCAAGCUAGAUUCAACUCCACGAAAAGACACUAAACAAGACUCAAAUAGAAAUGCUAAAACUUCUAAAGAUGAACCUCAAGAAGGGCCUGAAAUCAUAGAGGAGCCUUCUCCUGAAACAAUCAUAAUGAACAAGCACAGGGAUAAAAUCCGGUACAUUAUUUCUGCUAAAUUUGACCGUAACAAAGAUAAUCCAGAGCUGAACAUUCUUCGGGCAGAGAAAGAACGAAUCCAGUUAAAAAUUGAGGAAAUAAAGAAGAAGAUGUCUAAUACUGAAUCAAUCGAAAAAGAAGCAAAUGAGCUUCUUGAUCAACAUGUAGAGAAAUGGAAGAGCUUGACACCUCAAAAGAAAGGUGUUGCCUUGCCUUUUAACACCAAUGUCAGAGAUACAGAAGAAGGCGCCAAACCUAGUAAGAAGUACAAGUUCAAGUCUAAUGUUCAUCUUGAUGAGAUCAAGGAACAGGUCGCACAAAUUAAGAGAAGAAGAGAAAGACAAAAGUUAAAACAAAUCUUUGAAGCAAGGCUCAGAUAUGAAAAAUAGCAGGAAGUACAUACAAAGAGAGCAUGAAAGAUUACUACAGAAGAAAAACGAUAGGGAAUUUUCGUAUCAUAAUGAGGUAUCUCCUUAUGAGAAUGAUGCCCUGGAUUCUGCCAGGGAUCAUUUGUAUCUCAUCAUCCCUAAAAAUCCGAAGAGGGUCAAUAAAAAUCAAAGUGUUCAAGAAUAUUCUAGGGAAAGAACUCCUUUCAGGAGAAAUUCAGGAAUAUCUAUUGGAAAUAGCUCAGAAGGAUCAAUGAAGCACCAUAUCUAUCAUCAGAAUCAGAGGGAAUCUGAGAAUCCAAUAAAAAUUAGGGAUUUAUCUCAUGGCAUCUCAAAACCAAGGGAGAGGAGUAGAAGACUUUAUCAUAGAAAGGAUGAGAUUUAUCUCCCAGAGAUAUCAAAGCAUGCCCCUCCUAAUAGAGGAAGAUCUCUGCUGCAAAUGCAUGAUGUAUCAGCUCCAAAUCUUCGGAAUAUACAAAGGAUGAGAAAUAACAAUUCUCUUGAGAACCACCAUAAGGCAAGUUCCAAACUUUCUAAAGCGAAGAUAAGUAGAAAGCUUCGGAAUCCAUUGAGGGCGCAUCGGAAUAAUGAAAUUGAUCUAUCUAUUCAUUAAUACGAAUGUUUUCAA